AUGACUGAAAAGGACGUUCACACCGAAUCAAUUCUGGAAAACAACGACAGUUAUGACAACGCCCCAGAGAUUCUUGCUGAGGAGCUGAAACUCAACAAGCGGGUGGUGACCAAGAUUGACCUUGUUGUGCUACCAUUUCUUGUUUGCACGGUGUUCUUACAGCUUCUGGACAAGAAUUCCCUCUCAUAUGCUGCGAUUUAUGGUUUGAAAACUGACAACAACUUGAAAGGCCAAGAAUACAGCUGGCUCGCAACUAUAUUUUAUCUAGGUUAUCUGUUUGCCGAAAUACCAGUUUUUUUCCUGCUAUCCAGAGUCCACAACCUAGGCCGUUUCAUGUGUGUACUCAUGAUGAUCUGGGGAGCACUGCUGAUGUGUAUGUCUGCUUGUCAUAACUUUGCAGGUCUGGCGAUUAUCCGUUUAUUUCUUGGAAUUUUUGAGGCCGCAAUCCAGCCUGCCUGCAUUGUGAUUUCGACUACUUGGUACACAAAGAAGGAACAGCCAAUUAGAAUGGCCUUGUGGUCCAACACGUUUGCCGGUGUGUUCAAUGGUAUCUUCGGUUACGGAAUUGGUCACUGGGGAGGCUCACUGGCGAUCUGGCAAUACAUUUUCUUGGUUUAUGGUGCCGUCACCGUCGUCUUUGGGGCCUGCUACUACUUCAUCCUCCCCUCUAAAAUUGAAAAUGCCUGGUUCCUUUCGAAAAGAGAACGCCAGUGUGCCAUUGCACGGACGGCAACUAAUCAGACGGGUAUUCAUCUGAACCUAGGAGAAAUCAAGUGGUCACAAAUAUUGGAAUCGGUUCGCGACCCUAAGUACUGGUUACUCGUGGUGUUCAUCAUUGUGCAAAACUUUAUCAAUGCUGGAAUUACCAAUUUCAAUACCUUCAUCAUUAAGGGAUUCGGGUACUCAAACUACAAAACCAUGCUCCUUGCUACGCCUCAGGCAGCCGUGGCCAUGGGAGCAUGUCUCACAGUGGCAGUGAUUUGUUACUUUGUGAAAAAUAUUAGAUUCGCUCUUAUCUGCCUAACAACGAGUAUCACAAUGGCUGGUAUCAUCAUGCUUUGGAAAAUAUCUCCGGAAGAGCACAGAAACACCUGCCUCGCGGCAGUGUACAUCUGUGGUUUCUACAAUGCUCCAUACGUGCUGACAUUGUCAUUGAUUGCGUCAAAUAACAGCGGUAGCUCCAAAAAAUCUUUCAACUCUAUCAGCGUGGGUCUGUUCUAUGCUCUUGGCAAUCUGAUAGGUCCUCAGUUCUUCAUUGACUCCGAGUCUCCGACAUAUCAUACCGGAAUCAAAGCUAUGUUGGCAGCAUGUGUGAUCAUGUUUUUCUGCGUGACCGCGUAUGCGCUUUUGUGCUAUUUGGAGAACAAGCGGAGAGACCGAAAGCAUGAAUUGGACGGUGGUGUUCCGCUGACCGUUGAAGAGGUCAUCCGAGUUGGAGAAGAGGUCGAUGAGCACGAUCUAACAGACGUGCAAAACAAACAUUUUCGUUAUAGCUUUUAA